GUGAUUAUAUGUCGCUACAGCCUGCCAUACCCUGGACAAGCCCCAGAUCUGAAGGAGGAGUUGGGUGUUGCCUCGUCUCACAAGCCCCGGCCCCCAUCCUGGGAUUUCCACUUGAGCUGGAGUCCGUUAAUUGCCUGUUUUACAGCCGUCUGUGAACUCUUCUUCGAAUACUCACUUCAGUAAAUCGCCAUGGGAGUCGAAGGUUGCACCAAAUGCAUCAAGUACCUCCUGUUUUUCUGCAACUUCAUCUUCUGGCUUGCAGGAGGGGUCAUACUGGGCGUGGCCCUCUGGCUCAGAAACGACGGCAAGAUCAGCAGCCUGCUGGGGCUGGAGCUGGAUGGAACUCAAGCCCCCAACUCCUUCUACGUCUGCGUCCACAUCCUGAUCGCCGUCGGUGCUGUGAUGAUGGUGGUUGGGUUUCUGGGAUGCUACGGCGCCAUUCAGGAGUCCCAGUGUUUGCUGGGAACUUUCUUCGUUUGCCUGGUCAUCCUGUUUGCCUGUGAAGUUGCUGCUGGAGUCUGGGGCUACAUGCACAAAGACACGGUCUCCCAGGAGAUGAAGAACUUCUACGACUCCGUCUACGAUCAGGCCAUGGUGAAGACCCUGGAACAGGACAAAAAGACCGCUGUGGCCAAAGUGCUCAAGGUCUUCCACGAGACGCUGAACUGCUGUGGUAAGGGUCAGGUGACCUCAAUUCUGACACAACUGACGUCUGAUAUCUGCCCCGAGAAAUGGACAACAGUAAACUGCCACAGCAAGAUCGAUACGCUGUUCACGGAUAACAUUCACUUGAUUGAGAUCGCCGCGCUGGUGGUGGCCAUCAUCAUGAUCUUUGAGAUGAUCUUCAGCAUGGUGCUGUGCUGUGGGAUACGGAACAGCCCUGUGUACUGAGAGGCGGGGCGUGGAGGGAAGGCUACGCCUGCUCAGCUGCUGCUCUCUCCUUUAUUAUAUGAAGUUAUCAGAUAUAGUGCUUGCUGGAUCUAGUCGGCUCUUUAGGAUCAUGAACUAAAACCUUUGUUACACUGUUAAUGAACUCUGUUAGUCACAGAUGCUGUUGUAUUCAACCAGCCCUAUCCUAACUUUAUAUGUAGAUGUGACAUCAGGCAUCAUGCUCAUCGGUGCGCUCAGCAGUAAAGGUACUGUAAUUCCUUA